AUGGCUGCCGACAUGGCCGAGCUCAUGGCCCUACUCAGAGCUCCAAACCGCACCUCCUCGAACUCUACUCCGCCUCCGGGGUACGGGCCAACAGUUGACCCAAACCCUUGGGUCCCGCCGACCCAUGCUUCGGAAGGUAUUGAAGCGCCUGCGAUACACGCACCGGCGAGCCUCCCAGCUAACGUCCCUCCGCCAUCGGUGACUCUCCCGGCAGCCAUUCCUCUUCCACCGUCGAACCCGACUACUCUAGUACCGCCGCCGAUGUCCAUACCGGUUCCGGCACCGGUUUACGCGGCUCCUCCGCCGAUGGUCUUCCAGGCACAGAGCCCCCACGCUCCUGCUCACACAGCCGAGCCUGUCCCCUUCCAAGCUCCACAACCCCACAUCAGCUUUUCUUACCCAACUCUACCUCCCCUAAACAUUCCCAUCCCUGAACCGGGCACGCCAACCCAGGCUGUCCCCAUAGCUCCACCGACAAACUUUCUCCCGGAAAUGGGGACUGAGCAGGAGCAGAGAUUGAAGAAGAUGGAAGAGAACAUCAAAGCCUUACAAUCAGGUGGUCCUCGCCUCGAUGCCGGCGAUUGCGAUUGGAGUCUUUUUCCGGGUAUGCGGCUACCCCCGAAGAUUAAGGUGCCUGAAUUCCAAAGGUACCAUGGCACUACCGACCCCCGUCACCAUCUCCGUCACUACAGGGGAAAGAUGCUGCAGUACUGGGACUACGAAGAGUUCGUCAUCCACACGUUCCAGGACAGUUUGGCGGGAGCGGCUCUUGAUUGGUACAUGUCACUGAAAGCCGCGGAUAUCCCUACAUGGACGGACCUUUCGGGCAAAUUCAUCGACCAGUACAAGUACUGUGCAGAAACGCCCCCGACCCUGUUGGAGCUCAGUACAAUGGAGAUGGCCGAGGAUCAGGGCUUCGAGGCCUACGCAGUAAAGUGGAGGGCUAGAGCGGCGAAACAUGUCCCCCCGAUCAGUGAGGCGCAGCAGAUCCAAUUAUUCCACUCUACCCUCAAAGGGGCCUACUACUUGCACCUGUUGGCUCACACGUCUUCGUUCUCCAACCUUAUCGACGCCGGGAAGAAGCUUGAUAUCGGCGUUAAGCUCGGCAAGAUAGAAGGACCGGCCGAGAAGAAAGAGGGAGAGUCCUCGAAGAAGGUUGCUACUGGGACACCCUCCGCGGGAAACAGGAGAGGAAAAGACGCGUCCGUCAAUGCUGUUAACUCAGGGCGCCAAGCCCCCCAACAGUAUUCCAUCAAUUACACGCCCGCACCACCGACCACUCAGGCGUAUGCCCCACCUCCGGUGCAUUAUCAGCAGCAACUCCCAGCGCAACAAGUAUAUUAUUCCGCCCCGCCGGCCUCCUUUCCGUUGCCGGCCCCGCACAAUUACGUCCCUAUUCCCCCUCCGAUCCAACAAAGCAGGCCUCCGGCUUCGAGAACUCCUCAGCCGGUGCAACGGGCUCCGGCCCCGCAGGACCAACAAAGCACUGCGCCGCGGCGCAGACAAUUCACACCCCUUCCGGCCCCGCUCUCCCACAUAUACCGGCAACUCCUCGCAGGCAAUAGGAUUAAAUCAGUAGCGCCUAACCCCGAUUUCGACCCCACCAUUCAGGAUCAGAGUCGGCACUGCGAGUACCAUCAGGGCGCACCCGGUCACACCACCGACGAUUGUUGGAAGCUGCGGGAGAAGAUCCAAGCUAUGAUUGAUGGCAAACAACUCACGUUCAACGCCGUCAAACUCCGAACGUGCAAGUUAAUCCUCUUCCCGAUCACGGGUCAAGCUCGGGACCCAGCAUUAACAUGA